GGUGGACAACGAGCGAUCACUGCUUUCGGAGAGCUGCGAAUGAGGUAAAUGGGUGUGGGAAGGGGGGGGGCAGGGGGGGGAGGGAGGGAGGUUGAGAGCAUGGGGUAGAACAGGAGAAGAAGUGAAAGGAAAGACGGUACAGAACACGCAGUGUCUGCAAUUGAAUACGAGAGAGACAGUGUGUCACUGAUGGGAACCAUCAUGGGCCACUCCAACUUGAAGAUGCAGGAUGACAGUCGGUCGAGAGCGGGUUAUGGAAGGAAGCUGAAUUGGCAUCUGAAUCGGAGUUGGACAGGGAGAUCGGGUGAUUGCGCAUCAUUAGUGCUGAUAAAUUUUUGCUGCUACGUGAGGUGCUUCAUGGUUACGAUGCCAAUCCUGCUGCUGCUGCUCCGGUUCGUGCAUGUUUCCCCCUCAGGGACAGCGGAGGCGCGCGUCUUACCCUUGUCCUUGUCCAGACCUUACAAUCUGAGCGCAGUGACGGUGACAACCUCUCCUUCCCCUGUCGACGAAGAUGGUCCCGGGAAGGUCUUGCGGUAUCGGAAAUGCAGUUGGUGGAGGUGGAAGCGGUGGGGCAAUCAGUGCAGUGAAUUUUCUCACAGGAGGAGUAGGUGCUAUCCAUCUCAGAACUCGUCGGGGAUUGAGCUCGCAACUUCGUGGUCACAAGUUGAUGCAAGGCAUCUCCAAAACCAACCUGACCCUGAUCCAAACCGGAUAAUGCUUGCCUCCGAUAGAACCCACCGGCCAAACCCAUUGAACAACUUUAAAGACUACAAUGGCGGAUGGGAUAUAACCAACGUCGAUUAUCUUGCCUCCGUGGGUUUCACAGGCGCACCAGGCAUCGGCUUAGCUGUGGGCUGGGUUUUGUACGGCGCCGUCCAAAUGAUACGCUGGUACAUUCAAUACCGCUCCUCAUCUCGCGAAUCCGCUACUAAGGUUAAGGAGGAGGAGACAAAGAAGGAAGGAGACGGAGCUCCCCAACUUCAACAACUUCAACAACCAGAAGACCACACGGUAAAAGCAGAAAUUGGAGGGGUUACCAGAGACUCCGAGACGAGCGAAAAAGAAGCUGGCGAGCUUCAGAUUGGCGAAGCUCUGACUGCGGGACAAGGAGGAGGUCUUCAGAGCCCGAAAGCAACCAAAGGAGUCGAAGAAAUCGAAGAGUAUGGCAAGCUUGUAGUCAGGGAUCCUGAACAGGUUCAACCACAAUUGCAAGAGCAGACAGGGGCAGAAGCCGAAGAAAUCGGAGCGCCUCAGCGGCAGACUGAACUGUCUGGACAACAGACAGCAAGAGGAGUUAGCAGGGAAUCUGAAGAGCCGCAAGGAGCGCAAACAACCAAGGAAGUCCACGGACUUCGACAUCUUGGCGACGAAGCAGCAAAGUCGGUUCACCAGCUGCACCAGCUAGGAGAACAGACAGCAAGAGGAGUUGCAGAACUUCAGCAGUUUGCAGAGCGAGUCGCAAAAAGCCUCCAGGGGCUUCUACAUCUCGGGCAGCAGACUGCACAAAUUGCUCAGCCAACUAAACAACAGUCGACAGAGCAUACAGCGGACUUUCUUGAGCUUCAACAGCUUGGAAAUCAGGCGGCCGAAUCGGUUCUCCAACUCCAGCAACUAAGAGAAAAGACAGUGCAAGGAGUUCAAGGUCUUCAGAAGUUUGCAGAGAAGGCAGUGAAAGGACUUCAAGGAAUGCUCUUCCUAAGGGAGCCGACAACACACGGACACGGACACAGACAAGGUAUCGAACAGCUUGGACGCGAUCAGGCAACCUCAUCAGGUGUGCAACAUCUCAAGCAGCAGCAGCAGCAGCUAGAAGAAGAAGAGUGUGUGACAGCCAAAGGUGGUCAUGAAGCUCAGCGCCUUGCGCCCCAAACAGUGAGUUUGGAAAUCCCAAAAGAACUUUUGAAGCUUGGCGAGAAGGCCGCGCAAGGGCUGGCGCAACUUACACAACAGGAAGACGAAAGAGUAAGAGGAAAUGUCAUACAGCUUCCAGAUCAAGCAGCCAAGUCAGCCAAGUCAAUUGAACGAGUUCAGCAGCUAGGGCAGCAGACAGCGAACGAAUUUCAAGAACUUCGAGAACAAGCAGCGAAAGCCGAAGGGCUUCUCAAGAUGUCGCAGCAUGCAGUGCAAGGACUUCAGCGAUUUGAGCAAUUGGGCGAGAAGACAGGAAAAGGAGUUGCGAACCAACGGCUCCAACAGCUGGCAGCUGAUUCAGAAUCCGUUAAACAAGGCAUCGUGGAACUAGGCGAGGAGGCAACGCAAGGACUCCAACGAUUUGAGCAGUCGGGAGGUGUUCAAGGGAUCCAACAGCAGCUAGAAGAGCAGACGGCGAACGGAUUUCAAGAAAUUCGAGAACAAGCAGCGAAUGCCGAAGGGCUUCUCAAGAUGCAGCAGCAUGCAGUGCAAGGACUUCAGCUAUUUGAGCAAUUGGACGAGAAGACAGGAAAAGGAGUUGCAAAUCAACGGCUCCAACAGCUGGCAGCUGAUUCAAAAUCAGUUCAGCAAGGCCUCGUGCAGCUAGGUGAGGACGCAACACAAGGACUCCAACGAUUUGAGCAAUCGGGAGGUGUUCAAGGGAUCCAACAGUCUGGGAUUGAAGCAGCCAAAUCAGUUCAGCAGCUUCGGCAGUUAGGAGGGACGAUGACAACGAAGGGAUUCGGAGAACUGAAAGAGUUCAGUCCGAAGGUAGGGAGUACCGAUGGACCCCACGGUCAUCUACAGCUUGUAGUUGCUUCCAAGCUGGCAGCACAAGAUUACCCCCACCUACUUGAACAGGUCAGGGACCAGACGUUAAAGCGAACUGAAGAACUUCCGUUUCCGACCCUCGAAGGUCAGAUAGCCAAAUCAAUUCAACAACUUCAACAGCUAGGGGCGCAAAGAACAAAAGGAUACCAAGAACUUUUGGAUUUGGAUUUUGGACAAGUCGCGGUGCGCAUCAAAGAGCCAGACCAACUUCCACAGCUUGGGACUCUGGCAGAGAAAAGGCUCCAACGGCUAGAACAGCUUGGAGAGCAUGCAGUACAAGAGGUUCAAGAUCUGAAAUCUGUCAGUCGUCAGACAGGAAUGCCCGUUCAACAACUUCAACAGCUAGUAGAGAAGACGGCGAACGGACUUCAAGGAGCUUGGGGGUUCGGGGAGCAAUUAUCAAAUAUCGGCGACCCUCAACAACUCCUACAGCUAGGGACUCGGGCAGAAGAAAGGCUCCAACGUCUUGAACAGCUUGUGGAGCAGAAACUCCAAGGAGUCCAGGAGCUGCAAUCGGUCGGCGAACAGGCAGGCAAAUCAGUCCAACAACUUCAACAGCUCGGAGAGAAGGCAACAAAUGGGAUUCAAGACCUUCAUCAGUUCCCACAGCACAUAGUCAAACAAGGGCUCAAAGGACUUCAACAGGUUGGAGAGCAGACAGUCAGAGGUAUACAGAGGCUCCAAUCGAUCCGUGAGCGCGCAGGUGAAUCAGUCAAACAUCUUCAACAGCUAGGAGAGGAGGCAGCAAAGGGAUUCCACGAUCUUCGGGAGUUUGGAAAACAAGUAACGGAUAUCAAGGAGCGUCAACAGUUUCUACCGCUUGGGGUUCUCGCAGAACAAGGGCUGGAAGGACUCGAACAGCUUGGAGAGCAGACGGUGAAAGGGGUUCAGGAGCUCAAAUCGCUCGCUCAUCAGGCAGGCGAAUCUGUUCAACAACUUCAACAGCUAGGAGAGAAAACGACGAGCAGAUUUCAAGGACUUCAAGAGUUCGGGGAGCAAGUCGUGAGCGUCAAGGAAUGUAAGGGGAAAAUACUAGAGCUUGGUGCUCAGGCAGAGCAUGGGCUUGAAGGACUCGAACAGUUCGGGGAACAGACAGUCAAAGGGGUUCAGGAGUUGCAAUCUAUUGGCGGCGAGGUGGGGAAAUCAGUCCAGGAACUUCAGCAGCUCCGAGAGGAGGCCAGGAAAGGAUUGCAAGACCUUCGGGCGCUCGGACAGCAAGUGGCCAAUGUCAAAAAUAUCAAAGAUCCUAAACAGCUUGUACAGCUUGGGGCCCAGGCAAAAGAAGGGCUCGAACGAGCAGAACACCUUAGAGAGCAGACAGUCAAAGGAGUAAAAGAGGUGAAAUCACUCGGCGAUCAGGCAGGCAAAGCCGUUGGACGACUCCGAGAGCUCGGGGAGAAGAUAAGGAAAGGGCUUCGACAACUGCGAGUCCCUAUGCUGUGUGAAGCAGAACCAUGGCAGGAACAUUCAAAGGAACAGCACCAGCUUGUUGAAGAGCCGUCAAGAAAAAAGGGACCUAGCAUGCUUCAGAAUCUCCAACUACAAGCAUCCAAAGGAGCUCAACUGCUCAAUAGCUUGCGGCUUCGAGUCGCCCGUCCAAUGUCGAAGGGAGUGGAGCGACUUCGAAAGAUGGGCCAGUCUGUAUGGAACCGGCUCCCACUUGGGAAGAUCGGACGGUUUGUGUGGAGCCAGGCUACACACCUUCGGCAGUUUGCGGGGAAAGCAGGGGCGAGGUUUCAGCAAGUUCAGAAGCUGAAGGAAAAAGCAGAAAGCCGCUUCCAAGUACUUGCAAAACUCCGAGAAGGAGUGACGAAUGCACCUCAACGUCUGCAAGAGCUACGGCAGCAGGCAGCCAAAGGUUAUCGCGAGCUAAGAUCUUUGUACAGACCCGGUCUGUUUGAGUUGAUUCUGGCAGUUAUGGUCGCUUGUUUUGUGGCGGCCAUCGUGUCCUCUGUACUGAUGUUCUAUGGUCAAAGUGAAUUUAACGAUGCAAUGUUGGGAGGUGUGGAUGUUGGCGUGAACAAGACGUACGAAGCCCUCGAUUACGUGGACUCAGCAGGGAGGCUGCUGGAAAAGGCAGAGAACUACCCCUUUGUGCCAAGUCUUCUGGGCGCCAACCUGGUUUCCGCGCAGAUGUCCUUGCAAAACAAGUCGGAAAAGGUCCGCCAGACAGUCGGGAAUGCGAAGUCUGAGGCUGGGAAGAUUCAGCAGCUCAUUACGCGAAUCUUUGUUGCUGCUGCAUCGCUCCUGCUCGUCCCAUUGGCUUUGAUGGGGGUCUCACUAGGGGGGCGUCUGGAGAAACUCCUCCCUGUGGCUACCUCCGCAGGCUCAGCUGGCGUUUUCAUCGGAUUCAUCUUUUUCGCCAUGUCCCUAAUCGCGCAUAACACGACGGGUGACACAUGUAAGGCCAUGGAGGAGUUCGCUGCCAACCCAUCGGCGGAGUCGAGCCUCAAGGAUCUAAUUCCGUGCAUUGAUACGAAGAGCGCUGAUGCCACACUCACAGACACUCGGCGAGUGCUGCAUACUGCGGUCGACGAGGUCAAUGCGAAUCUGUGGCGCCUGCAGGCACGGAUCCCGUCAUCCGGCGUCCCGAUCAAGCUUUGCAACCCAGUCGGGCCACCGCCGGACUUCCUGCAGCAGCCGAACGGGACAUGCGGACCCGAUGCACUUGAUUUCUUCCACGUGCACGUGUCAUCACCCACGUGCGUGUCCUUCCUAGCAUACAACAAGACCCUCUGCGAUCCGGCCUUGGCCAACAUCUCGUCGUUGGUCACCAAUCUAACAGGCUUGUACCCCAGUCUCGAGAACGCGAGCAAAUGUGGAUUUGUAGCCACUGCAGCGCGCGAGAUAAGCGAACAGCAGUGUCCGCAGAUGGUAAAGGCUUCCAAGAAUGAGUGGGUUAGCUUCCUCGUCUUCUCUCUCUCUCAGAUGAUCCUCGUCGUUCUCUCCAACAGGUUAAUGAACCAACUAAAGGCCAAGAGGAUGGAACAAGCAGAGCAAGAUAAAGCAGUGGAUGUUGGGCCACUGGAGAGCAUCGAGGUGCGGGGGGGUUCUGCAGAGGGACACAUAGGCCCGACUGGACAGGCGGCACCAGCGGUGGCAACAGACGCACAAGUACCUGACAGAAGUUAAGACAGAAGGGGGCUAUUUCUGGCCACACCACUGUUGCAGAUGAAUUUAGAAUUUUUGAGAACGGAAAAAACAAAAGAUGCAGCAGGAG